UCUUCCAACCGGUCAGUGUGCUGUUGGUAGCUGGUAGGGAGCUAGCUACGGAGCUAACCUGCCGAGCUGCCUCCUCCGCCUCUGAAGGCAGCUGUACGGAACCCGUGAAUGAACCCCGCACCUCAAUGCAUCUCCAGUGGCCGCGAUGGCAGCGACAGAAACGACGGCGGCAGCUAGCCCCCUCUCUCACCACUACAGGAGGAUGCUGAAGCUGUUCGGUGCACUGGUUAUCCUCGGACUGGCCCUGGCGUGCAUCACCUCCUGGGUGUUGGACAGCUAUGACACGGCUUGGCACCCGAAGCGGAGUGUUCGGCACCCGAAUGCCGGUGAUGGAGAUGUGUCUAAGGGGAGUUCACCACCAUUUCCCGGCGGCGAGUUGAACAAUAUAUUUUGGUUUUUACAGGUGUCUGACAUUCACAUAAGCCGAUUUCAUGACCCAAGACGCAUUCCUGAUUUUGAAAAGUUCUGCACAGACACCAUUGAAGUGAUCAAGCCAGCUCUAGUGCUUGCAACAGGGGACCUGACAGAUGCUAAAACAGAGAGUAAGGUGGGUUCCCUCCAGCAUGAGGUGGAGUGGCAGGCCUACCACAACAUACUGAAGAGGUCACGCGUGAUGGAGCGCACUCGGUGGAUAGACAUCCGUGGGAAUCAUGAUGCCUUCAACAUAAUGUCAUUGGACAGUGUCAACAAUUAUUACCGGAAAUACUCGGCUAAUCAGAAAGUAGGCUCCUUCCACUAUGUUCACAAAACUCCCUUUGGCAAUUACUCCUUUGUCUGCGCGGAUGCCACUCUGACUCCAGGACCCAAGAGACCGUACAAUUUCUUUGGUAUUCUCAACCAGACUCAAAUGGACUUGCUGGACACGUUCAGAGUUGAGAGUCUGAAAAGCAACCAGUCCAUCUGGUUUGGCCACUACACAACCUCAACUGUUGUCUCCCCUUCUCCUGGGGUUCGAGACAUGAUGAGAUCUGCAGUUGCCUAUCUCUGUGGCCACCUGCACACACUGGGCGGCUUGAUGCCUGUCCUCCACAGCAGACACCCUCAAGGCACCCUGGAGCUGGAGCUUGGUGACUGGAUGGAUAACCGCAGGUACAGGGUUCUGGCCUUUGACCAUGACCUGCUGAGCUUCUCUGACCUGAGGUUUGAGCAGUGGCCUGCAGUGCUCAUCACCAACCCCAAGGACGCACAGUACCUGCAUCCAGGGGUGGAGCCGCUGGGUCGGAUACGGAGAACGACACACAUCAGGAUCUUGGCCUUCUCAGAGGCUCAAAUCACAGCAGUGCAUGUGAGCGUCGAUGGGGAACCUCUGGGGAAAGGCCACUCUGCUGGAGGUCCUCUGUACGUUCUGCUAUGGGAUCCAUCUCUCUACCUCACUGGACUGCACACUAUCAGAGUUAAAGUGGAGGACUCAGCAGGCCGGUCGACAGUCCGGGAGCAACAUUUCACUCUGGAGGAUGACCUGACUCCCAGCUUUGGUUUUGUGCAGUCCUUCAUCCUCCUCACAGACCACUACAUCCUGGGCCGAGUGGCCUUCAUAUUCAUGAUGCUGCUGAAUGUUGGUGUGCUGCUGGCCUUUAGGUUCCUGCGUGUUCCCUCUGGCAGAGGAUUGACAUCUCAAGCGUGUAUGUCGCUCCAUCUCGUCAGUAAAAUGGACACUUUCUACUACUCUCUGCUACUGUUCAACCUGUGUACAGCCUUAGGUCCGUGGUUUAUAGGAGAAUUGAUAGAUGGCCAUAGCGGUGCCUGCUUCGCCUUUGGGGUUUUCAUAGAUGGACACUUCCUGGAGGGCAGUCUCACUUAUGUUGUUGGAGUUGUUCAACUGCUGUUCUUCAACAUGCCCCUCACUUCUUACCUCUGCUGGAGCCUCCACCACCGUUGCCGCGGCAACACCUUCCGAUCCCACUUCCUGCGGCCGGGCUGCCGCUGGCGAACUCUGGCGGUUCACCUCUUCAUGCUGCUGCUGCUCACCUGGCAGGCCCAUUCCUGCUACUUUCUCCUGGAGACCUACGGCCCCAUGGCCUUUUUCCUGUCUCCUGUCCGCACGUGGGCAUUAGGGCUCAGUCUGCUAUUGGUGUACCGCGCCUGGACAGGCCCUGCCCCUCUCAUUCGUGACAACAGCAAGAGCAUCUCCUCCUCUUGACAGUAAUUGCACUGUACCACCACGAUUUCCCUUGAGCCUGACUCACAGAUAUAUUUUGCUGUCUCUAUCCACCCUGAAAGCCUCAAUUUUCCCCACACAGAAGCUCCCUCCUUUGUUUCGCUCCUUCCACAGCCACUUCACAGUACAUCACACACUAUCCUGUUUCUAGAUAGUAUUGUUUACUUAAUAUGCAUGUUAUUGUAAAGCACCGGUGAGCACAUUUCUGGCCAUAUUCAUAGCAAUGUGUACAGUGUUAAAAAACAAAAACACCUUGGAUACAAUAAGGAUUAAAUAGCCUGUCGGAGCUAUUAGAGGACUAGUCCAGUGUAUGCUGCAGUUGACAGUAUACGAGCUGUAUUCUGCUGUGGUUUAAGCUGACUCAUUUAUUUGAGCUUUAGCACUUUUCUGGAAGUGUUGCCUUGGCCGAAUGCUACUUCACCACUGCCAAAGGAUGAAUAAGAAAGAUUUCAUCUUUUAUUCUUCCCUCUGAAAACCAUUUUCAUUCACUAAUGAAGGCUGGAUGUGCCAAACCGAUCCUUGAGUUUACCUUCCGACAGACAAAUCAUGUGGAUAAUAAAGGUGUACGCCUCAUUUUAUACACCGCAAGCUUUUCCUAACUUCCCAUGGCUGACAGAGUGGUAGUUACUUUGGUGGAGAUGACAUACUGUAGGUAAUGCAACCUAGACAAAGAUAUUUUUAAGUUCUACACACAAUCACAGGAAAUCAAAGGAAGGAAAUUAUAAACCAAUCAAGUGCUGUAGUUGAGCUGUGUAUAAGUAGUUAAUGAUUGAAAGUGUUUUUAAAUCAAAUUAAUUCCAUUGCACACAACUGCCACUAAAAACUUCUAAAUAUUCGCAUUGGAAUAUUCAUAUCAAAAAACUUCAAUGCCACUUUUCACCAAAACGCAGAGAAGCCGGCCUGACUCUUCAUGCUCCUUCAAACGUGACUACAGAAAGCAGCUGUUUGUUUCUCAGGAAUGUGAGCACUUGAACAAUAGGCUGGUCCCAGUAGUAUUUCAGGACAAUGUUUUUAUACUCCAUAGUAGCUCAGUGAACUAAAAAAAACCAUGUUUAAAAAUUCCAGUUGUGUGGUGGCUAAAAAAAAAAAAAAAACAAAAAAAACAAAAUGAAUGUGUUAUAGAUGUGAUGAAAUGAGAUGAAUCAGUACUAUGCUGUUUUUAUUUAUUCAUUCUGAUUGUAUUGUGUGAUUUCUUAAUUUUUCCCUUGUUAUAAAACUGCACUGGAAAGGACAUUCUUUACCCCCCCUCCCCUUCCUCAUGGUGAGUGUGGUUAGGAAGAUAUAAGGGCAUUCCCUGCAUUGGAAGCUAACCUGACAGCCUUUCACUCGUGUGAAAACGUGUUUGUCUAUAUGGUUUAGAAUAUGAAUCCCUUUUUUUGUGAAUGUGUGUGAAAGCGGUAAAGUGUGUCUGUUGCACUCUCAAUUUAAUCCUUUCCAGCCAGUAGUAGCAGGUGCCUGGAUUCCACGAGAACAAACUGAUCUAAAAAAGAACAUAUAUAGGGUGAAGACCACAUUUAUCAAGUCUUUUAAUAGAAGCAAUGUUCCAGCAGCGUUGGAUCCACGUGUUUUUUUUUUUUUUUUUUUCAAACCAUACCGGUGUGAGUGCAGAAUAAUUGCUCAGUGCUGUUAUAAGGCAUGCAGUUUAAUAUUAGAACACCUGCCAGACACUGGGAAAAUGAAAUUAUGUGCGCUCAUGCUGACAAUGGUUUAAUAACUUCUUUCCUCUCUGUGUAGACGAGUCUUUAUCACUUGUACGGAAGCACUACCAAGUGUAUAAUUCCAGCAGAAAGACUGGUGUUUUCAUUUUAUGGACUUAUGUUUGUGGAGAGGUCUUCCUUCACAGUGCUCAGCACCUCUCACAAGCUU